UUUAAUUGGAUCUCAAUACAAGUUAUUAUUUUAGAUGGUAUCUUUAAGGGACAUUGUGAGAGUGUUGGAUGGGUUAUCUCUGGUGGCUAAGGAGGGCAUCAGCCGCUCCAACACCUUUCCAUUGGAAACCGCAAUCAAGGCCGCCGUCCUCUCCGUCUCCGAUGUUGUCGGUCUCACCAAAGGAAAACUCCGUCAGAUUGAUAAUGCUCACAGACAUACUGUCACCGACAGUGUCAUCUUCUUUAAGGAUCAUGUUCCCGCUUCCAAUUCUCAUCCCCCACCGACGCCUGGUGCAGAUGCAACUGUGCUUCUAAAUAUUGGUUCUUCCAUGGAUCCAGAUUCCCAAACUUCCGUGGAUUCUGCUGCUCCAUCGACCUCAAAUACUACUGCAGUGAACGGUGCUGUCACUCCCUUGAAGCAGAGGAGGCUUAGGGAAAGGAAAGUCCCUUCUACUCCUUUCUCCAGAGCCAUGGGGUUUGCUGGACUUGGAGCUGGUCUUGCUUGGGGGACACUUCAGGAGUCUACAAAGAGGGUCUUGUUUGGUACGCCUAACUCAGAAAACAACCAACAUGCCCUUUCCCCAUACUUGUCUGAGAGAAAUGCAGAACGUUUAGCUCUUGCAUUAUGCAGAAUGCGUGGAGCAGCUCUCAAAUUAGGCCAAAUGUUGAGCAUCCAGGAUGAAUCUCUCGUACCUGCUCCAAUAUUAGCAGCUUUAGACAUUGUCCGUCAGGGUGCUGAUCGGAUGCCAAGGAAUCAGCUCAAUCAGGUUUUGGAUGCUGAAUUGGGUUCCAACUGGUCAUCAAAUUUGACGAGUUUUGACUAUGAGCCAAUGGCUGCAGCAAGUAUAGGGCAGGUCCAUCGUGCUGUCACGAAGGAAGGUUUGGAGGUUGCAAUCAAAAUUCAGUAUCCAGGAGUUGCAGAUAGCAUUGAAAGUGACAUUGAUAAUGUUAAACUGCUUUUAACUUAUACAAACUUGUUACCAGAAAAAAUGUACCUCGAUAGUGCAAUGAAGGUUGCGAAAGAGGAACUUUCUCGUGAAUGUGACUAUGAAUUGGAGGCCAAAAAUCAGAAAAGGUUUCGCAGUCUCCUGACUAAUACAAAGGGCUUUUAUGUUCCAUUCGUGGUGGAUAAUAUAUCUAGUAAAAGAGUCCUAUCUACAGAACUGGUUCCUGGCAUUCCAAUUGAUAAGGUGGCAUUAUUGAGUCAAGAGACUCGCAAUUAUGUUGGAAAAAAGUUACUGGAGCUUACUUUGAUGGAGUUAUUUGUCUUCCGUUUCAUGCAGACUGAUCCGAACUGGAGUAACUUUUUAUAUGAUGAGGCGGAAAAAUCGAUCAAUCUUAUAGACUUUGGAGCUGCUAGGGACUACCCAAAACAUUUUGUAGACGAUUAUAUAAGAAUGGUGCUUGCUUGUGCAAAUAAUGACAGAGAAGCAGUGAUUGAGAUGUCAAGAAGACUUGGAUUUCUUACAGGAACGGAAUCUGAUAUUAUGUUAGAGGCUCAUGUCCAGGCGGGUUUUGUUGUGGGGCUACCAUUUUCAAAACGUGGAGGGUACGAUUUUGGAUCUACCAACAUUACUCAAAGCAUAUCAAACCUUGGUGCUACAAUGCUCAGGCAUAGGCUCACACCGCCACCCGAGGAGGCUUAUAGCCUACACCGCAAGCUUUCAGGUGCUUUCCUUGCUUGCAUCAAGCUUAGGGCUGUUGUUCCCUGUAGGGAGAUUCUGCUCCAAGUUUAUGAGAAUUAUCAGUUUGCUGAAGAAGCUAGUGGCAAAAUCUUGUCAACAAGUUCAAUUUAAUUUAGUGAUACAGAGGAAUAAAUAUAUAUAAAUAUAUAUGAUUCUGAGUAUAUUUUCUUGUGGGUGAAAUUGUAGAAACUUACGUGAGAUGUAAAUGCAUUAAUUACAUUGCUUUCAUUUCCAUUUUCGUUAAACAGAUGCAAUAGUACACACCUGUUUCCAUUACAUUGCUUUCAGAUCCAAGUAUAUUUUAGCAGCAAGUCUUAAUCUUGUUCUUCGAUGACACUA